UGUUUGACUGUUUACAAAAGGUUUUUGUAAUUCAAAAUUGAUAUCCUAAUCCCAGUAAUCCUAGUAAUUUGUUCUAAUUUCUAAAGCAGGCGAAUGCGAAAUAAUGAAGUUAAUUUUAAUGAUUUAUAAUUCGCCUUUGCCACUAUGAGACUGUUACCUUUUUAUAAAUUAUUUUUGUUGCUGUUUUUGUCGUUGACUGUGUUUUAUAUUUACAUUUACUCAGUAAAUUAUCACAAGAUCAAUAAAAACAAUUCCACCAAUGUGAAACUUAUGCAUAAGUCUGUUAAAAGUUUGGACAAGAACUAUGUUGACCAAAUUGUGAUAUCUUUUGUUGUUUGUGAGACAAGAUUUCAUGAAUCUCUGAAUGUGAUUAAAUCUGUAUUAAUUUUUACAAAAACACCAGUAUAUUUUGUUAUAUUCACUGAUGAAACAUUAAGGUCACAAUUUGUUGAGACGCUGACCAAAUGGAAGGUUCUUGUGAAUAAUCAGUUGGACUUUGAAUUGCAAAAGAUUGAAUUCCCUAAAGCACAUGAGGAAGAUUGGUUGAAUUUAUUUAGCAAAUGUGCUGCUCAACGUUUAUUCAUACCAAAAUUGAUUUCUCAUAUUGAUGCUACAAUAUAUGUGGAUACAGACACACUAUUCCUUGGCCCAGCUAAUGAGCUGUGGCAUACUUUCACCAAAUUUAAUAGCUCUCAAAUAUCAGCCAUGACUCUUGAAGAUGACAACCCAAAUGUUUCUUGGUAUCCACGGUUUGCUAAACAUCCAUUUUAUGGCAAAUAUGGUUUAAACUCAGGUGUGAUGCUUAUGAAUUUAACGAGAAUGAGAGAUUUUGGAUGGGUUGAUUAUGUUACUCCUAUAAUGUUAAAAUGGAAACUAUACAUUCCUUGGGGAGAUCAGGAUAUAAUAAAUAUAAUAUUUCAUUACCAUUCGCGCGCUGUGCACGUAAUGUCAUGUCGCUACAACUACCGCUCCGACCAGUGCAUGUACGGCGACGCGUGCGAGGACGCCUCACGCCGGGGCGUGUUUGCACUGCACGGUAGUCGCGGCGCCUUCCACGGCAACAAGCAACCCGCCUUCCAAGCAAUUUAUAAAGCCAUCAAUGAGUACGAAAUCGGUACAGACCCAAUGACGGUGUUGACUAAAAUGGACAAAUAUCUCAAUGGAGCAGCUCAGUCGCAUUGUGGAAAUUUAAAGGACGCAUUUCUUAAGGUGCCGCUGGAAGUGUUAACAAAAAAAUACACAAGACCAAAUAGAUAGCAUACAUUUAACGACAUAAGUCCCUACGUAAGUAUUCAACGUGUAGUAUAGGCAUUAUUUUCAUUUAUACAAACACAAUAAAAAUAUAUUAUGUAAAUGCUUACUUUAUUACAGUGCUAAGAUAUAUUAUUGAUUAAUACUCAUUUUUAUUUUAAAUAUUUACAUACCAAAAUUACGCAACCGUAGAGACAAGUUUCGAAAUUUACAUGUCAAUAAUGCCCUGAUUUUAUUUUGGCGUUAUGGAAUAGCUUUAUAGCUACCUCCGACCCUUGGGCAGUACGGAGGUUAUGUGAGACUCCCCCUCUAAAGAGGGUAUACCCAAACUAAAAACCACCACGGCAUGUCCCUCUUGUUGGCUUUAUUAAACGCUCGGGGAACAUGUCAAUAAUGCCCUGGUACCAUGGUGAACCAUGGCAGAAUUAGUCAGUGCCAUACCCUGACAGGCAAUCAAGGGCAAGUUGUUGUGGAAAAAAAAGCAAACGGGCGGUGAAAGCCGGAUGGAUACAUGACUCGGUUCCGAAAUUUUAAAUAGGUUUAACUAAUAAAAAAGAAGGGUAUUUAUUAUUCUGUAUUCCAUAUAAACGUACAAAAUGUUAUAUCUCAAACAGAAUGAAUUUUAUAUACAUUAUUUUAAUACGUAUGCCCACAUCUAAUCUACCAAAAAUUAGUUUUUAUAUUAGUUUAACAGUUCAUCCCGUUCAAAUUUCAUACAACACAAACAAGACAGGUUGGUCUUGUUGUGUCAUAUGAAGAUCGAAACCACAAAUUAAAUCCUGUGUUUGCUUUUUAUAAGAUUUAAUUAUGUAUUUUUCAUUUGUCAUGUUCGGAAAAUUGGCGUUCUUUAUCUAAUUGGCAAGGCGGGUGGAAAACACCUCAUUACUUUACCGCGGUUGGUAAAAUAUUCGAAAUAAGAGUAGUCAGAAUAGCCAAUCGUCUCAUACGUUACUGUUUUUUUAUGUUGUUUUUUGCUUUUGAUCAACACAAUGAUCGUUGCCUGUCCUGAACCCUCCAGGCUUCAAACAAGUAAAAAAACUUGUUUGAUGUGGCGCGAGGAAAAAAAUAAAUAAACCUUGAGAAAUAUUUUUUAUUGUUUUUUCAUCUCUUUCUUUCUCCUCACGAUCUAUAUCGGCAACACACCCCAUUCUCUGUGUUUGGGUGGUUUGGGUAAUGGGGUAUUUUCCGCCUCUUUUAACAAUCUACUUGUAUAUGUUGUUUUAGAUGAUAAAUAUUUUUUAAUUUUU